UCCAUUUUGGGCAAAGCAGGAAGUUUAGAGGAAAGCCAAACUGAUCAAAUUCUUAAACGUCCACCGAUAGAUAUAUCGUUAUUUUUUUCCUUUUGUGUUUGAAUGAUUGUUGGCCGUUGCUGGUAGACUUUCACGCAAAGGGCUAUACGCGGAUUUGACCAUUUGUUUGGCAGCCGUGGUGACAGUCAAACUUCACGCGCGCGUCGCAGAGGUCGCGUCGAAAACGGGACUGUAAAUAAAAAAAACAGGUCAGGAUGGCGGAUGACUUUGAUGUUGAGGCCAUGCUUGAAGCUCCUUAUAAGAAGACUUGCCUAAUGAUAUCUCACCUCUACUCCCCUGAAUACAUCUUUGAUUCCAGUGUGAACUGUGAAAAAACGGUGAAAGCAAAUCCUCUUGCGCCAAUGGUCACGAUGACGGCCGCAGCAAGAAGAAAAGACAUAGCAAAAGUCGCAGUCCAGACCGCCGGAGGAGUAGAAGCAGAGACCGCAAGAAGAGUCGAGAGCAACGGAGAAGUCGUAGUCGUGAUCGGAGACGUUCCCGCAGCAAAGAGCGCAAGCGUUCUCGAUCCCGCAGCCGGGAUCGUGGUGGGCGAUACCGAGGUCGCAAAAGUCCGUUUAUGGUGCCAAAAUUAAACGGUGGUCCUGGAGGGAAGUUUGGCCCACAUUUCAACAAGCACAGCCGCAGGCGCUCUCGGAGCAAGAGUCCCUUUAAGAAAGACAAGAGCCCCAUCAGGCAGCCAAUAGAUAAUCUGACCCCAGAGGAGAGAGACGCCCGCACGGUGUUCUGCAUGCAGCUGGCUGCCAGAAUUAGACCCAAAGAUCUGGAAGAGUUCUUCUCAGCAGUAGGAAAAGUUCGUGACGUAAGGAUGAUCUCAGACAGAAACUCUCGGAGAUCAAAGGGCAUUGCCUAUAUUGAGUUUGUAGAAGCGACCUCAGUACCGCUGGCCAUUGGGCUGACAGGACAGCGGGUUCUGGGAGUGCCAAUUAUAGUCCAGGCCUCACAGGCUGAGAAGAACAGGGCAGCAGCAGCACUGGCAGCCAGCCUCCAGAAAGGUGGUGCAGGGCCGAUGCGGCUCUAUGUGGGCUCCCUCCACUUUAACAUAACUGAGGACAUGCUCAGGGGUAUCUUUGAGCCAUUUGGCAAGAUUGAGGGCAUCCAGCUAAUGAUGGACAAUGAAACGGGCAGGUCAAAAGGAUAUGGCUUCAUAUCAUUUGCAGAUGCAGAGUGUGCUAAAAAAGCCCUGGAGCAGCUAAAUGGUUUUGAGCUUGCUGGUCGGCCCAUGAAGGUCGGUCAUGUUACAGAGCGUUCAGAUGCGUCUUCAGCCAGCUCCUUCUUGGACAAUGAUGAGCUGGAGAGAACUGGUAUUGACUUGGGCACGACGGGACGCCUUCAGCUGAUGGCAAGACUUGCAGAGGGUACAGGAUUGCAGAUUCCUGCCGCCGCCAAGCAGGCUUUACAGAUGAGUGGCUCUCUGGCGCUUGGAAAUCUAGCAAAUGCUACGACCACAGCCACAGCUCCCCUACUCCCCAAUCCAGGGAUGAACCAGGCCAUGAACCUUCCAACCCAGCCGCUGGCCACACACUGUUUACAGCUAUCCAACAUGUUCAAUCCACAGUCGGAAGACGAACCAGGGUGGGACACAGAGAUACAGGAUGACAUCAUUGAAGAGUGCAAAAAACACGGUGGCAUCGUUCACAUAUACAUUGACAAGAACUCUCCUCAAGGAAAUGUUUAUGUAAAAUGUCCGACCAUCCCAGGAGCAAUGGCUGUUGUCAGCGGCCUCCAUGGCCGGUGGUUUGCAGGUAAAAUGAUCACCGCUGCCUACGUGCCCCUUCCCACUUACCAUAACCUGUUUCCAGACUCAGUCACAGCAACGGAGCUCCUGAGGCCCACGCGCCGGUGAUCUAGCCUCUAUCACCUGUAACCCCUGUCUAUCCAUGACCCGUGGUAACGCAAUGCGUUCAUAAACAUUUACCCUACACCCCCUUCUGUGUUAAUUAACUGCUGUGGAUCUGGGACAGUCCUGUUAUAAGUUACAUAAUGAGGGUUAAAUUUAGUUAGGUCUUUUAUUUUGUAUUUUGAUAUUGUAUUUUAGCAGGAGUAUUAAUCUACAGUCAGUCAUCCUCUGUGCAUUUUGCUUGUAAUAAUAAAAGAAAAUUCUCGGUCAGUACACACAUAAAGCUUUAUGUACACAGGUUAAACCACCUGCCUAAUAUUGUAUAGGUCCCCCUCGUGCUGCCAAAACAGCGCCAACCCGCAUCUCAGAAUAGCAUACCGAGAUUAUAUUCUUCUCACCACAAUUGUACAGAGUGGUAAUCUGAGUUAUCGUAGGCCAUUCUCUGUUGACCUCUCAUCAACAAGGUAUUUCCAUCUGCAGAACUGCUGCUCACUGAAUCUUUUUGGGCACCAUUCAGAGUAACUUCUAGAGAUUGUUGUGCAUGAAAAUCCCAGGUGAUCAGCAGUUACAGAAAUACUCAAACCAGCCCGUCUAGCACCAACAAACAUCCAUGUGAUCGUCUAAUCAGCCAGUCAUGUGGCAGUAGUGCAGUGCAAAAAAUCACACAGAUACGGGGCAGAAUGGGGAAACAAUGUGCUCUCAUUGAUUUGGACCGUGGCAUGAUUGUUGGUGCCAGACAUGCUGUUUUGAGUAUUUCUGUAACUGCUGAUCUCCUGGGAUUUUCUCACACAGUCUCUAGAAUUUACUCAGAAUUGUGCCAAAAACAAGUAACAUCCAAUGUGGGACAGGUCUGUGGAUGGAAACGCCUUGCUGAUGAGAGAGGUCAACAGAGAAUAGCUGACUGGUUUGAACUGACAAAGUCUACGGUAACUCAGAUAACCACUCUGUACAAUUGUGGUAAAAAGAAUAUCAUCUCAGACUAUUGCUAUUCUGAGAUCUGGUUUGGUGCUGUUUUUGCAGAACGAGGGGGACUUACACCAUUUUAGGCAUUUGGUUUUUAUAUUGUGGCUGAUUGGUUUAUAUUGACCUAUUGUCAAGUUAAGUAAACACUUGCAGUACCCUUUCUAGACAGGAUCCAGACUCCUAAAACCAGUCUUGAAGGAUAUUCUAGUGUUUUAAAGGUAUUCCUUUUGAAGAUUUUUGUUUGUUUAAAUUUAUGCUUUUUUUUAUUUUAUCAUUGCCUUGUAAAAAAGAAAAAAUCAUAAGUCAUAAAGGUUUCAUCUGACUUAAUCUUUCAUGACAGACACUGUUGUGAACUCUUGCUUUAUAUCCAGUCUGUUUCUUUAAUUUCAAGCAACAACAAAAGACAACCAAAAAAGUAAUUUUCUCUUUAAUGCAGAUAGUUAAGCUGUUAAAUUUUCUAAAUCCACUUGAAAUGACAACUUUUCAUAAUCGAAAAUUGAUUUUUUUCUAAAAUCUACUAACAAUUAAAGGACUUUCACAACACUGUAUAAAAUGAGUUUGGCUUUGUUUUUGUUGAUGCCAAAAGGGUUGACAUCUUUAGCAAUGUUUUAUUAAGAUUGGAGAACACCUCUAGAGGGAGCUGCGAAGUGUGAAUCUGUAAUGCCAUCUAGUCUAGUGCAUAGCAAGAAAUUGAAAUGUGCUAAAACCACUAUUAACUGGCUGAAAUGUGCUUUGGUGGUGACAAAAACAAUGUCUUUAAUUUUUUUGUUAAUAUUGACAUUUACUGAAAACCACAAUCAUUUUGUGUUCCCGAAUGACAAAAUUAAAUGUUUAUUUCUUGUAUAAUAUUUGGGCA